CUGUCAGACGCGUACUGAAGAGGUUUCGCGUCACUUUCUUUUCUUAACCUGUGUCCAUCUCUCGUCGGCAGGCCAUCGUCAUAACGCGAUCCGCAGGACAGACCAACAGAGCGAUGAAAACGCUGUUGAUAUCACUGUCCAUUGUGCUGGUGCUGAUCCACACGUCUGAAGCCUACUCGUACUCCUACGGGUUCGCGCCGGGGAAGAAAAGAGCCGCCUUGCUCGGAGAGAAGAUCCGAAGUCUGCUACAGAAACACAGAACCCAGUACAGUCCGGAGGGAGCGACACCACAGUCUAUGGACGAUGAGACAUCACGGGGCCCGUCGACGUACCCCUUCCCUCUGAACGAAGCGGAACCAGCGAAGGGCCAGGACACGUGGUACUCCGAGCCAAUGUGGGGAGAAUCUCGCGGAGCCACGCGAGACUACAGCCCGGUCUUGCGCAGCUGGAUUUCAGACAGAAGGAAGUAAGCCAGGAGACCAGCCAGGCGAACAUGGCUCGGGCAAUAAUUAUUUGCGAAUGCCCCAGAUUUAAUGAGAACCGACGUCCUUGUUCUAAGUUAACACAACAUGUCCAUUUUGUUUUGACGUCCAUUGUCAUAACCGAAUAAGGCAAUCACACGUAUUCAUCAGGCAGUCGGACGAUUUUAAAGAGAGUAGACAGAACACAACAGAAGUACAUAUUUUAUGAAAGGUUUGGUUUAUGUGAGGACAUUAUGCCUGACCCAUCCAAUGCUGUCAAACCUAUUCGUAGUGGAUGGAUGAUAGAUCUCUGAAUAAAGCAUAAUUUGACCUAA